CCAAAUCACACACCCAAAAGUGCAUCCUCUUCAUCUUUUCCUUUCUAAAACCCUAAAUCAAAAAACACCCAAAUCAAACCACAGAUCAUCUCUCUCUCUCUCUCUACUCAAAUUAAACCCUAAUCCCCAAACUCAUUUCCAAAUCCUCUUAAUCUCCCUCAAACCAAUUAAUCAAAUUUUACCUCCACAAUUCCCCCAAACAAAUUCCUAAAUUUCCACUCAGUUUCCUCCUCAUUUCCUGAACAAAUUCUGCAACACUGGCGAACAUCGAUAACCUCUAAUGGCGGAUCCGCCGAGUGUCCGCCGGUUAUUGCUGCCUGAAAUCGGUUUUAUCGCCGGAGCUUUGGUUUCGUGUUCGUUGAUCGGUGAAUUCGUUGAAUUAGGGUUAGGUUAUUGUGGUAUUGGAAGUUGUUGUGAGUGAAAGUAUGCUGAGUGUGCUCAGAGUGCAUCUUCCGUCUGAUAUUCCGAUUGUAGGUUGUGAGCUUUCGCCUUAUGUGCUUGUUCGUCGUCCUGAUUUAACUGUUUUUGCAGAUGAUGUGCCGGAAUCUGAGCCUGUUGAUGGGCUUUUUUUGAGAUAUAAAUGGUACCGUAUACAAAGUGAUAAAAAAGUUGCAAUUUGCAGUAUACAUCCAUCAGAACAAGCUACUUUACAAUGUUUAGGCUGUGUUAAAGCUAAAAUACCUGUUGUUAAAAGUUACCAUUGUUCUCCUAAAUGUUUUUCUGACGCAUGGCAACACCAUCGUGUUCUUCAUGAACGUGCUGCAAGUGCUGUUAACGAAAAUGGAAACGAAGAAGAAGAAAUAUUCGGCCGAUUCAGUAACAACACCAAUAAUAAUAAUAUUAAUCAAAGCUUAUCUAGCUCACAGUCACUUCCAAGCCUUACAAACGGUGCAUCCACACCGUUAUACCCCGCAUCUGUGACACAGAGGAACGGUGGUGAAACAUGGUUUGAAGUUGGGCGCGCUAAAACGUACACACCAACCGCUGACGAUAUCGGUCAUAUUUUAAAAUUUGAAUGCGUGGUGGUUGAUGUAGAGAUGAAAUCAACUGUUGGAUCAUUGAAUACUGUACUGACAUCACGGGUGAUCCCAGCUCCAUCCCCGAGCCCACGGCGGUUGGUUUCUGUAACUAACGCUGAUGUGGCGACGGGGAAUUUGGAUUUGGACGGGCGGGUUUCGUCUUCUGGGACGUUUACCGUGUUAUCGUAUAAUAUUUUGUCUGAUACAUUUGCGACGAGUGAUCAAUUCGCCUAUUGUCCUUCGUGGGCUCUUUCUUGGCCGUACCGUAGACAAAAUUUGUUACGGGAAAUAGUUGGAUAUCGGGCAGAUGUUGUUUGUCUUCAAGAGGUUCAAAGUGACCAUUUUGAGGAGUUUUUUGCACCUGAGUUGGACAAACAUGGAUAUCAGGCUCUAUAUAAGAAGAAAACAACUGAGGUUUUCAAUGGCAGUAUUAUGACUAUCGAUGGAUGUGCUACAUUUUUCCGACGAGAUAGAUUUUCACAUGUCAAAAAAUACGAGGUUGAGUUUAAUAAAGCUGCACAAUCUUUAACUGACGCUUUAGUUCCCAGCAGUCAGAAAAAAACCGCUCUAAAUCGGCUCGUUAAGGAUAAUGUUGCGUUAAUUGUUGUUCUAGAAGCAAAAUUCAGUAACUAUGGUGUUGAUAAUCCAGGGAAGCGGCAGCUUGUUUGUGUGGCAAAUACUCAUGUGAAUGUUCAACAAGAUCUGAAGGAUGUCAAACUAUGGCAGGUUCAUACUCUGUUAAAGGGUUUAGAAAAGAUAGCUGCCAGUGCAGAUAUACCAAUGUUAGUUUGUGGGAACUUUAAUUCUGUUCCUGGAAGUGCUCCUCAUGCGCUUUUAGCAAUUGGGAAAGUUGACCCAUUGCAUCCUGAUUUAGCAGUUGACCCUCUUGGAAUUCUUCGUCCCACCACAAAGUUGAUUCACACUCUGCCCUUGGUUAGUGCAUAUUCAUCUUUUGCAAGAAUUGGGGGUGGUCUUGGUUACGAGCAACAAAAAAAGAGAGUGGACCCCGCUACAAAUGAACCGUUAUUUACAAAUUGCACACGGGAUUUUAUUGGUACCCUUGAUUACAUCUUUUACUCAGCUGACAGCUUGACUGUGGAAUCUUUGUUGGAGCUUUUGGAUGAAGAUAGCUUAAGGAAAGAUACAGCGCUUCCUUCUCCAGAAUGGUCUUCUGAUCAUAUUGCAUUAAUGGCUGAGUUUCGUUGCAAACCACGAACUAGACGUUAAUUACAGUUUUAGGUUUGGUCAAAAAGCAAAAUCUUGAAGAUAGAAGUAAAAAAAAAAGAGAAAGCAAUUGACAAAAGCUUAAAGAAGGUAAGAAGAGUAGAUCUAAAGCUGUUAAAUGAUCUACUAGUGUAUCAUGCAUGCUUGUUACUACCCUUUAUCCACAUACAUGUCUUAUUUAUUUCCGUUUCUUCUUUUUAUUUUUUUAUAAUAGAAAGAUAAUUUCCACGGUUCAAUAUAAUAGCACAAGGAGUCGAGUUUAAAUGCAAGGUGUUUUGUUCA